GUCCCCCGGCGGGAUGAGGCGCGGCGGCGGGAACGGCAGCGAGGGAGAGCCGGAGUGGCCGUGGCCGUGGCCGCCCUGCGACGAGCGGCUGUGCUUGGCGCUGCCCAUGUGGGUGCUCGUUCCCAUCACGGCCGUCUGCCUGGGGCUCUUCGUGGUCGGCGUGGCGGGCAAUGUCCUCACGGUGCUGGUCAUCCGCAGCUACCGCGACAUGAAGACCACCACCAACCUCUACCUGGGCAGCAUGGCCGUCUCGGACCUGCUCAUCCUCAUGGGGCUGCCCUUCGACCUCUACCGCCUCUGGCGCUCCCGGCCCUGGAUCUUCGGGCAGCUGCUGUGCCGCCUCUCGCACUACCUCAGUGAGGGCUGCACCUACUGCACCAUCCUCCACAUCACCGCCCUCACCGUGGAGCGCUACCUCGCCAUCUGCUUCCCCCUCAAAGCCAAGGUGGUCGUCACCAAGCGCCGGGUGAAAGCCAUCAUCGGCGUCCUCUGGGCCUUUGCUUUCGUCUCUGCCAGCCCCUUCUUCUUCCUGGUCGGCGUGGAGCAGCCCGACAACCACACUGACUUCAGCCGCGAGUGCAAGCCCACCCCACAGGCCCUGCAGUCCGGCCUGCUGGCCAUCAUGUUCUGGGUCACCACCUGCUACUUCGUCCUGCCCGUCACCUGCCUCAGCGUCCUCUACGGCUUCAUUGGCCGCGAGCUGUGGCGGAGCAACACCCGCCUGCGGGGCCCCAGCUCGCUCCUCCGGGAGAAGGGGCACCGCCAGACCAUCAGGAUCUUAGCUGUGGUGGUUCUGGCCUUUGUAAUUUGCUGGUUGCCUUUCCACAUUGGCAGGAUCAUAUUUAUAAACACCCGGGACAUGGGGACAAUGCUGUUCUCCCAGUACUUUAAUAUAUUCGCUCUGCAGCUUUUCUACCUGAGUGCAUCCAUCAACCCUGUCCUCUACAACCUCGUUUCGAAGAAGUACAGGGCAGCAGCCUGCAAGCUGCUGCUGCCACGCCGAGCUGCAGAAAGGGCUUUCACGGUAACAAAAGACGCUGGGGGCUACACAGAGACCAGUGCCAGCACAAGGAACGAGUACACCACCGGCUUCUGAGACUGCACCUUUGCACUUCUUCAGGCAUUCUUGCCUAAAGAAGGGAACUACCUUUUCACAGGAGAGUUGCAAAAGGAUGGACACUUGUUGGGGCAUGUGGU